AUGACAAGAGGAGGGAACCCACCAUUUCAGCCAAACGGGGAGUACCAGAUAUCAAGGCUACCACCACCACCAUCGCAUUCCUACCGGCCUCAAAACCGCCAGCACUACGCCCCGCCGCCUUCGCGGCCCCCCUCUUCGUCUUCGAAGUCGUCGUCAUGCAAGGCCUGCUGCUGCUGCAUGUUCCUGCUGGUCUCCUUCUUGUCCCUCGUUCUCCUUGUAAUCCUCUUGGCAUUGGUUCUAUCCAUCAAACCCAAGAAGCCACAGGUAGACCUCAUUCAAGUGGACGUACAGUACGUUUCCAUCACCUCUAACGACCCCGCAACAACUGCAACUACUGCCACGCUGUCCCUCGCCAUUCGGUUACUUUUCGCGGUGGUGAAUCCCAACAGGGUUGGGAUCCGGUACGGCGAUUCCAGGUUCACAGUCAUGUACCGCGGAAUACCUUUAGCUAGGGUUCUGGUGCCUGGUUUCUACCAGGAUCCGCACUGCGUGAAGGACGUCGUCACUGCCGUGGCUGUUGAUCGUCUUAACUUGCUUCAGGCUGAUGCCGCUGAGUUGAUCAGUGAUGCAGUCAUCAAUGACAGGGUCGAGUUUCGGGUUCUUGGUAACGUUGCUGCUAGGAUUCGUGUCCUUCGUCUCUUCGAUUCUCCUCGUGUUCAGGUCUCUGUGGAUUGUGUUAUAGUGAUUAGUCCACGAAAGCAGUCUCUGAGUUACAAGCAGUGUGGAAUCGAUGCAUUGAAUGUUUAAAGGAAGGUGAAGACUGGGUAGUAGAUAGUUGAGAAUGGAUUAUUUGAAAUAUUUAUUAUUUAACGGUUUAUUAUAUUAUCAUUUAACAAUUUUUAACUAUAAAUUUACCUUGAAGACAAUGAAGACAACUUGAAUUUUCACUUUGAAAGAUAUUCAUGUCAUGAAAUCAUACGAGUUUGGAAGACUACUUCUCAAAAGAGACAUCUAACUUAUUAGUGAUAAUAUAUCAUUCAACAUUUUG